CUGUUUUCAUUGCGGUGCUUUACAACACUGGCGCGGUGCAACAAAAAAAGAUUAAAAAAGAAUCUUACGUGUGAAAAAUUAAGGAAAGACACCCAAGGCAUUCCAACCACCAAGACAAGGUGGCUAAAAUGAGCUACUAAUAAGUCGAACGAAAGCACUAAGAAAAACCAAUAAAAUCGGUCCGGUGGCGUUGCGUCCUGAAGAAGAAGUAAAUAACACAACACGUCAGAGAAGUGGAAGAGCAGCAGAUAGAAGAGGGAAUAGACGUAGAUCAAAAUUAUUGGUGUAAAUCCCAUUAAGCGACAUCACCAUUCCCCGCCAACGAAAAUACAAAUAGAUAACGAUGAAGGCCAAUAGUUGGAUGUGCCUGCUAGCGCUGCUCCUGGCCUGGCAGCUGCGGGCGGAGGAGCUACAAGGGCCGAAUACAGAAGCCACAGGCAGCAGUACGGGAACGGUUACUGGAACAGGAACGGGUCUGGGCACUGGCACAGGCACAGCCACCCCAACUUUGCCCAAUGAGCCCUCCACGCAAGCAGAGGCGGAGGAGGUGACCACGGCAGAGUCAGAGCCACGGGCUCCUGUAGAAAGCAACGAACGCAAAGCGGCCAAGCCCAAGGACUCGACGGAGUUUGCUCCAAGGACCAAGGUAAUGCCUGCUGCUCUGCUCGAACGUCUUUGGAACGACAGUCUGAUGAGACAGCAAAAGUUGAAGGCCGAGAUCGAGCGACUUGAAGCCAAACGCAAGCCCACUGAGGUGGUGGAACUAACCCCAGAGCAAAUUGAAGCUCAAACCAUGUACAACAACGCCAUGGACAUGCUGGCCAAGCCGCAAACGGAUAAAAGAGUGGCGUUCACUUUGCUCAAAAAGGCUGCCGCCUUUAACCACCUCAAGGCUAGGGCGGAACUGGCUUGGGCCGUCCUCCUGGGUCACUGGAUGGAUUUCGAUUUUAAUCAUGCUGCAGAUGAGUUUGAGAGUCUAGCCAAUGAGGGUGUCCCAGAGGCUCAUAUGGGUCUGGGAUUCCUGUAUUCGUCGGGAGUGGGUGGCAAGAAUGUAAGCCAACCCUUGGCCCUAAUCCAUUACAACCUGGCUGCGCUGGGUGACAACACUUUGGCUCAAAUGGCCAUGGGUUAUCGCUAUCUGUAUGGCAUAAAUGUCCCUGUUAGCUGUGAAAAGGCGCUGAUCCAGUACAAGCGAGUGGCCAAAAAGGUUGCUUCCAAGAUUACCUUCGCCAAUGGACCAAUUGUGCAUCGAGUUCGAUUGUUGGACGAACUGGAGAAUCCCGGUAGUCAUGAAGCCGAAAUUGUGGACUAUUACCAAUUGCUGGCCGACAAGGGCGACGUCCAGUCUCAGGUGGGAUUAGGACAGCUCUAUUACCAGGGUGGCAAGGCCACCCAGCAGGACCACCAAAAGGCUUUGGAGUAUUUCACACAGGCUGCCAAUGCCGGCAAUGCAAUUGGCUUCGCAUUCCUCGGCAAGCUUUAUCUGGAGGGAAGCGAGCAAAUCAAGGCAGAUAAUGAUACGGCAUUUAAGUACUUUACCAAGGCCUCUGAAAUGGGAGAUCCAGUGGGUCAAAGUGGAUUGGGUCUCAUGUACCUUAAAGGUCUAGGCGUACCCAAGGACUCCAUUAAGGCCUUGUCCUACUUCACCCAGGCUGCCGAUCAAGGAUGGGUGGAUGGACAGCUGCAACUGGGCAACAUGUAUUUCACUGGAAAUGGCGUCAAAACUGACUACAAGCUGGCCCUCAAGUAUUUCAACCUGGCCACCCAGUCAGGUCAUGUUUUAGCUUACUAUAAUCUUGGAGUGAUGAAUGCCUUCGGCAUGGGAAUGCUACGUUCUUGUCCGACAGCCGUAGAAUUCUUCAAGACCGUCUCAGAGCGUGGACGUUGGAGCAGCCGACUGAUGCACGCCUACAGCGAUUACAAGAAGAAUCGCAUCGAUGAGGCUUACAUGCAAUAUUCGCUGAUGGCCGAAGUGGGCUAUGAGGUGGCCCAAAGUAAUGCUGCCUUUUUGCUUGACCGCGAGGAGGUUCAUGUGUUCAACGAUCGGCACGAAGAUCUUAUCCGUGCAUUUUACUAUUGGAAACGGGCAGCCGGCCAGGGCUACUCUGCUGCCCAAGUGAAGCUGGGCGACUAUUAUUACUACGGCUGGGGUACGUCAACAGACUUUGAGACCGCAGCCGCUCUUUACAGAAAAGCAUCGGAGCAGCAGUAUAAUGCCCAGGCCAUGUUCAACCUAGGCUAUAUGCAUGAGCAGGGGCUUGGCAUGAAGAAGGACUGGCACUUAGCCAAGAGAUUAUAUGAUUUGGCUGCCGAGACCAACUCGGACGCUAAAGUGCCAGUGGCCAUUGCUCUUUUCAAGUUGCAAAUGCUGGCUAAAAUUGAAUCAAUCAAGGAGUCGCCAUACAGAUUCAUCUUCUACAUGGAUGAAAACAUUGCUGCCAAUUGGGAUUUGUACAUGAUAACCGUUUUGACUUUACUGCUGGGUAUCAUCAUGUACAUGAGGCGACCAUUCCAACAACCGGAUCAGCCAGCUCAUCAGCCAGCUGCUGAUGAUAUAGCUGCUGCGCCAGUUAAUUUGGCUCCAGUGGGAGCCGAAGCACCAGGUGUAGCUGGAGUUGUUGAUGGUGGAGCUUCAGUGAGAGCCCCAACUGCCACCGCCGCUUCUCCUCAAGACGCAGUCCCCUCGACCUCAUCAACGGAAAACCCCGCGACGACCUCAUCAAACGUCGGCGCAGCGUCUCAAGGUAGCAGUAGUUCCACAUCUGCGGCGCCUGAUGGCGCAAACACACUCGAUCCCUCUGGUUAGUCUUAGUGAAUUGGUUAAUCAUCCCUCUAGGUUAAUUAGUGUGCGUGUAAAUAUUUAUCAUCUAAUUUCGCCCGAUUUAAUAUUUUUUAUUAAUUCUAAAACCGACCUUUUUAGAUAUUUAAAAAAUAUCGUACUCAGAAUGUGAAUGUUGUACUGAUAAACCAAUGAAUCGAUCGACAUUUGA